AUGGAUGUACUGGUGAGGCUGGGCUGGUUCUCGGGUGUGGAGGCGGGGCUCUAUGAUGUAAUGGUGAGGGUGGGCUGGUUCUCGGCUGUGGAGGCGGGGCUCUAUGAUGUAUUCGGUGAGGACUGGGCUGGUUCUCGGACCGCUUUACGGCGGAGAGGGAGCAGGGAAACGUUUAAGGACAAGAAGUAUCCGAACCAGGACGACAGUGCAGAUCUCAGGUGCCAGCUGCAAUUCUCUAAGGAAGAAUCCACCCUCAUGCGUAAGAAGAUGGCCAAGCUGGGGAGGGAGAAGGAAGAGCUAGAGCAGGAGAUCCAACAGUACAAGUCAGUCUACGGGGACGUGGACAGCCCUCUACCCCUGGCAGAGCUUGCAGGUGGUGGGCCCCACAGCACCAGGGAGGCCGAGCUACGGCUCCGACUCAAACUGGUGGAGGAAGAGGCGAAUAUUCUGGGGAGGAAGAUUGUUGAACUAGAGGUGGAGAACCGAGGCCUGAGGGCUGAGAACGAGGACAUCCGCUGCCAGUACGAGAGGGACUGUUUCGGCCGGGAGCCCUUCAGCAGCAUGCCCUCCUCCCCGUACGGCGGAGACGCUCUGGAGUCAGCCGGGGAGCUGCGGCGCCACCUACAGUUCGUAGAGGAAGAGGCAGAACUUCUCCGGCGGUCCAUCUCGGAGAUCGAGGACCACAACAAGCAGCUGACCUCCGAACUGAACCGCUUCAAGUUCGGCCCGAGAGACGAGGAGGUCGAUGUCGGAGUGAUGCUGAUGAAGACCGGUAACGGGGGUAACGGUGGCGGCGGGGGCAACGGGAGCGGUGUGGUGAUGAUGGAGGAGCUGAAAGCAGCCAGGAAGCAGAUCAACGAGCUCAGCGGGAAGGUGAUGAAGCUGCAGUAUGAGAACAGAGUCCUGAUGUCCAACGUUCAGCGCUGUGACCUGGCCCAACACCUGGGCCUCCGCACCAGCUCCCCACGGGACAGCGAUGCAGACAGCGACACCGGCCACCGUGACGCCGCAGAGGAGGAAGAGACUGGGAGGCUCCUCCUUCUACACCCCAAGAGGGAGGGGCCUGUCGGUGGCGAAAGCGACUCGGAGGACCUGUUCGAGAAGACGACCACGACCUCUGGUUUCGGAAGUCACAAGCCCUCGGACGAGAUCAGCGGGCUCAGCGCCACGGAACUAGCCAACCUAAGACGAGAAGACCGUGAGACGUUCAUGAACGUCAAACGAGAAGCAGAGCGUCUUGGGAAGACCGUAGACCGUCUCAUUACCGACACGGACAGUCUGAUCUACGAGGGAAAGAUUAUAGUAACAGGAGGGGACAGUCUCUGCAUAGAGGGGUUGAGAGCACACAGGGGGGAGGGAAGCGGAGAGGACAUGGGGGACACCACCACACUCCCCGAGUCCCUACAAGACUCCCAGGUCCUGGACACUAUCAACACCCGGAUGAAGGCCUUCAGGACAGAGCUCCAUAUCUUCAUGGAGAAGGUGGAUCACCUGGGAGACGGGCUAAGGGAGAGGGGAGGGGACCAGGAUAGGAGGGAUGACCUGUCGCCCAUGCCCAACCUUACAGAGUCUAGCAGCUUCCUGUCAGGGGUCACCUCCAUGUCCCGAGACUCGCCCAUCAGCACCCUGGGACGCGACCUGGUCACAGAUUUCCAG